ACCCACCUCCCCUAAUAAAAUGCGCCCGUUCCCAGCGCAAAAUUAAAAAACAAAAAACAAAAUAAUCCGCUACCUCGCCGGCGACAGGGGCGACCGCGCGCGCCCCACGCCGGUGCCGAUCCCGACCGCCCCAUGCACCCAUUCUGCUGCGCGCCGCUGGUGCCCGUAUCGCCCGCGGCCUCCGCAGCCUCCGCCGCGGCCGUGUCCUCCGCGGCGGCGGGCGCCCCGGCGAUGAUGCCGCCGCCGCAGCCCCCGCCGCCGCCGCCUCCGCCGCCGGGGAGCAACUCGGCGCCCGGCGGUGAGAGGCGGGCGCGUGCGGCUGGGGCCAGCGGUGGCGGAGGAGGCGGUUCCUCGCCGCCCGAGGGAGUGAAGCUAAACGAGAUCGUCGGCGGCGGCAUCUCGGGAAUCCUGUACAAGUGGGUCAACUACGGGCGCGGGUGGAGGCCGCGCUGGUUCGCGCUCCACGACGGCGUGCUCUCCUACUACAAGAUCCACGGGCCCGACCGCAUCGUCCUCUCGCGCGACACCGAGCGGGGCGCCAAGGUCAUCGGCGAGGACUCCCUCCGCCGCCUCAACCGCCCCUCCACCUCCUCGUCCUCCCACUCCAACGGCCAUCACCAGCCUCGCAACCCCAUCGGCGAAAUCCACCUCAAGGUGUCAACCGUGAGGGAGAGCAGAUCGGACGACAGGAGAUUCUCGAUCUUCUCGGGCACGAAGACGCUGCACCUACGGGCGGAGACAAGGGAGGACAGGGCGGCAUGGCUCGAGGCGCUGCGAGCGACCAAGGACAUGUUCCCGAGGAUGUCCUCGAGCGAGAUGGUCGGGCCAGGGGACACCGCAGCAGCCGUGGCUGUCUCAACCGAGCUCCUAAGGCAGCGGCUGCAGCAGGAAGGGGUCAGCGAGGCGGCCAUUGCUGAGAGCGAGAAGAUCGUGCGGGCAGAAUUCGAGGCUCUGCACAAGCAACUUGUGCUCUCCAAGCAGAAGUAUGCGCUUCUCGUGGAAACUCUUCGCCAGCUAGAGACAGAAAAGGUUGAUUUGGAGAAUACCCUUGUCGAUGAGAGCCAAAGACAGUCAAAAGAGUAUGGAUGUGCUUCUAAAUCAAGGCAUGAGAAGUAUAGUGAAGGAAGUGCUAGUGAAUCUGAUGAUUAUAAUGAACCACAAGAUCCUGCUGAAGAGACUGAUGAUGAUGAGAACAUUUACUUUGAUACCAGAGAUUUUCUAUCGUCAAGCUCUUUUAAAAGCAGUGGAUCUGAUUUCCAAAGGUCUGAAGGUGGUUCAGAUGAUGAAGAUGAUUAUCCAAUGGAUGGAAUUGAUCCUUCCAUGAAGUCUGUUGGAAUCAGUUAUCCAUAUGUAAGAAGACGGAAGAAGCUACCAGAUCCAGUUGAGAAAGAGAAGGGUGUAAGCUUGUGGUCAAUGAUCAAGGACAACAUAGGAAAGGAUCUCACGAAAGUCUGCCUGCCAGUUUACUUCAAUGAGCCACUCUCAUCAUUGCAAAAAUGUUUUGAAGAUCUUGAGUACUCCUAUCUUAUUGAUCGCGCGUCUGAAUGGGGGAAAAGGGGGAAUAGUCUUAUGAGGAUUCUUAGCGUAGCAGCUUUUGCUGUUUCUGGAUAUGCCUCUACAGAUGGGAGAAGCUGCAAGCCCUUUAAUCCCCUUCUGGGGGAGACAUAUGAAGCAGACUAUCCAGAUAAAGGCCUCCGUUUUUUCUCUGAAAAGGUUAGUCAUCACCCUAUGGUUGUUGCAUGCCACUGUGAGGGAACUGGCUGGAGGUUUUGGGCUGAUAGCAACCUAAAGAGUAAAUUCUGGGGUCGUUCCAUUCAACUUGAUCCGGUUGGUGCAUUGACACUGGAGUUUGAUGAUGGUGAAGUUUUCCAAUGGAGCAAGGUGACUACCUCAAUUUACAAUCUCAUAUUGGGCAAGCUAUAUUGUGAUCACUAUGGCACUAUGCGCAUACAAGGUAAUCGCGAGUAUUCAUGUAAGCUGAAGUUCAAGGAGCAGUCAAUAAUCGAUCGCAAUCCUCACCAGGUGCAAGGUGUUGUUCAAGAUAGAAGUGGUCGAACUGUUGCCACACUAUUUGGAAAGUGGGAUGAAAGUAUGCACUAUGUAAUGGGUGAUUGCUUUGGGAAAGGCAAGGGAUCUGAACAGUUCUCAGAGGCGCAUUUGCUGUGGAAAAGAAGCAAACCACCUAAGUUUCCCACUAGAUACAAUCUCACUCGCUUUGCAAUUACAUUGAAUGAACUUACCCCUGGAUUGAAGGAGAAACUGCCACCGACGGACUCAAGAUUACGACCAGAUCAGAGAUGUCUGGAGAAUGGUGAAUAUGAAAGGGCAAAUGCUGAGAAGUUGAGGCUUGAACAGAGACAGCGGCAGGCACGAAAGAUGCAGGAGAGCGGGUGGAAGCCUAGGUGGUUUGCGAAGGACAAAGCUACUGACACAUACCGUUACACUGGUGGUUACUGGGAAUCCAGAGAAAAAGGCAGCUGGGAAGGCUGCCCUGACAUCUUCGGACAAGUCCCUAACGAUGUGAUGAUAACUGACUAGGUUGAGUAGGUUACAGGUCUUUUGGUUCUCUGCCUUUUUUGGGAUCACUUGAUUCCAGAAAUUUUAGUGGUUCAUAUUAGAGCAAUUAAAUGCCCGUUGACAUGUAAGCAAUGGCAGUGCAUCGGAUAAUAUUGAUCUCGUACAUAAUAAGAAGAGUAUGGUUCGUCCCACGUGUCACCUCAAAUUUUCGGGAAAGUAAUUGUUUUCUUGUGAGGGUUUCAUCCUUGCAAGUUAAAGAGUGGUGUCAUGUGGACCAUCUGUGUAUUUCACAUAUUGGAUUUGGAUAUGUAAGUAUGCAUACAAGAUAAAA